UCCCCUCCCGGAGUUGCUGCGAGCCAGACGUCGGCCGUGAGGUCCGCUCAGCCGGUCUGCGAGCCUUGUCCUUGCCGAAGCCGAAGUCAUACACGACUAUGGCUGCGGUCGAACGCUGCACCGGCAACAGCAGCAACGAGAGCGGUGCAGUGUAGUGUCGCGAGUGUCUGGGCGCCACCAUUUACGCCCCGAAGACUCCGUGUGUGUGCGUGUGUGUGUGUAAUGUGACAGGAUCCAACCAAGUGUCUGUGUGACUUGAACUGAUCCGCAAAGCUCAGGGCCUGCUUUACCUCCUUCAAGCGCUCAGAUGCUGAGCGCUGCCGUGCCGGGCACAACGAGCGACGAGGGCCCACGAGCACCCUAUCGUCAUGGAGACCCUCGGCGGUAAGCGCCAGGGCUGCAACCCGCACCUCAAGAAAGUCCUCAAGUCGUACCAGCUGAGCGCCCAGCGCAGCCUGCACGGCCCCAGCACGCUGGCCUCGCUGGGCUCGCUGCCAAGCUCGCUGCCAAGCCCCACGGUGCUGGUGUCCCCGCCGGCGCAGCCCGCGCCCGCGGCGGACACCAAGGUGACCCUGCCGCUGCUGUCGGCGGCGGACCGCGGCGACGGCGGCCGCGCCGAGCGCCUGGACACGGACCUGGAGGGCCAGGCCAUCGCCUGCUUCGUGGUGGGCGGCGAGAAGCGCCUGUGCCUGCCCCAGGUGCUCAACCUGGUGCUGCGGGACUUCUCCCUGGGCCAGAUCAACUCCGUCUGCGAUGAGCUGCACAUCUACUGCAGCCGCUCCAACCCCGAGCAGCUGGAGGAGCUGCAGGCGACGGGCGACCUGCCGAUGACGGCCGCGUCGUGCGGCCUCAUCACGCAGACGGACGCCGAGCGGCUGUGCGCCGCGCUACUGCCGCGCGGCGUGCCCUGCGCCUCCAAGACCCUGGCGGACGGCUUCCACGUGUACCACGAGUGCUUCGGACGCGCGCAGGGGCUGUGCCGGCCCGACGAGCCGCUGCAGCGCUCCAUCGAGUGCCUCGAGUGCCGCCUGCUUUUCGGGCCGCAGCAGUUCGUCUCGCACGCGCACCGCCACCCGGAGACCUCCACGGUGCACUGGGGCUUCGACUCGGCCAACUGGCGGGCCUACCUGCUGCUGGCCGAGGACCAAGACAGCCAGGAGGAGCUGCGGAAGAGGCUGGCCGUCUACAAGGAGCGCGCCAGGGAGCGGCUCAAGAGGAAACAGGUGGACCGUGACAGGGAGACGCCCCCGGUGGACGUGCAGCACGCGGAGAAGUACGACUCUCUGCUGGGCGCGGGCUGCGGGGGCGCGUCGCAGGACGCCUCGCAGGACGCCCUGCACUACCUGAAGAAGGCCCGGCUGGACGAUGCCGUGCUGCCGCCGCACGCCGUCACCGCGGCCACCGCCGGCACCACCUACAUCCCCGCGUACCCCGCCGACCCCGCGUACCUGUACUGGUACGACACGUGGGCCCUGUCCGCCUUCAGGCCCUGGCACUCCCUGUUCACCGCCAGUAAGGACGGCAAGGCCACCCCGAUGCCGUUCCUCAGGGACAGCUUGCCACCUGUGCCCCCAUACCUUGGUCAAGGGCCACCGGUCCUCUUACACCCCGACAGAGUGGUGCCCAUGGAAGAGUACGACAGGUUUGAACGUUCAUACCAACCCAAUGUGGCGUUGUUAUCUGUCCCAAGUCAGGAGCCAGCUGAGGAGAAGUAUUCUCAUGUGGAUGUGACGAGCACUGAGGAUGAGGAGGCACCACAAGCAAAUGAUCGACCUAAAUCUCCGAGCCAUGCUGUUUCAACGAUCACUUUGAAUCCUUCUCGCCGCUCUCCAUCCCCUGCCCGGUCCCCAUCUCUACCACCACCUCCUCCUCCCAAAACUCCCAGUUCCGCAUCAGUACCAUCCACACCAACUGUACUCGCACCGCCUGUGACCUCUGUUGUGACCAGAGCUCGAUCCCCUGCACUCAAAUGCAAAGCAGAAGUUGAGAUGUCCAGUGAUACAGAAGACAGUGCUUCUGAAAGUACAGGUGUGGACACCAGUGUAGCUGCUGUUCUUGAAUCUCUAAGCUCUGAUGAGAAGGAUGCGAGAAUGGCGAAGGUGCUUCGAUCACUAGUUAAACGCCUUGGUGAAGUUGAAGCGGAGAGGGGCCGUCUAACUGCAGAGAAUGAAGUUCUCCGCAGGAAAACUCAGGACCAGGAUGCUGUUAUAUCACAACAAGAAAGAGUUAUUCAACGACUUCAAGAGCAACAUGAACGAUUAAACAGCAAGCAUGAUCCUGAUGCCUUCCAAGAUAAAGUGAUGGCCAUGGAGAAAGAACUUCGUACACUUCGCUCAGAAGUCAGCCGUCUACCCAAUGGCAGACAUGAGAGUGUCUCUAAAACUGAGGCUGUUACCAAUGGAUCAGAUACUGAAGAGAGAAGUCCCAUCAAAAGAGAAUCCGUUGAAGCUACCAACAUUGCUGUUAGUGUUAUUCACAAAUCAGAAACCCAGGCACUCAGCGGGACUGAGUGAAGUUGAAUUUUUACUUAUUUUGUUGUAUCUGAUGUUUUGUCAUAAUCAUUAAUGUUGUUUGAAAUCAUUGCCUCUUGAGGCACAAAUUUCUGAGAUUGUCAUCCUUGCCACUUCUCUAAUUCAAUCUCUGUGAGAUUUGUUGUUCAGCUAUCUUCUGUAUCAAUUGAAACUUUAUCCAUAUAUAUUUGUUGUAUAUAUAUAUAAAUAUCCAUCAAUUCAUCCACGCUUUGGCUAAGAGCCAUGCUCCAUCACAAAGCUGAAAUUUGGUAUUAUCAUAAACUUUUAGUUUAGAGUUUCAACUAUAUUUAUUUCUGUACUGGUUAAGGGAACAUAACACAUUAUGUUCCCACCCAUCUUAAUUGGUCCCGGUGACAAAUUCUCCCUGAUCCAGUUGGUUAGUGUUACAAACUAUUUGUUAUAUUGUUAACAGCGCAUGCUAUGUAGUUGUAGAUUUUAGCCUCCAAGGCUUACAAUUUUACUAAGCAGGAACUGCUGUCAUCUUGAAUCACUUUAUUCUAGUCUCUACAAAAAUUGCAAUGUGAGUAAAAUCCUUUUUACUCAUUUGCGUGUUCAAUGUGAUCAGUUCUCAGUUUUCCCUCUUUAGGUAAGAAAUCUGUAGACAUUGAGAGAGUGAAUUUAUAGUUAUUAUUUCUAUUAUUUCAUGUAAAGGAGAAGCAGGAUAUAGAAAGUAUUUUGUGAUCUCCCUCAUUUAAUCUUAAUUGCCAGGUGCUUUAGCUGGUUCUCAAUUUCAUUUUGACUAGGUUGAUGUUUAGGAUAAAUGUUGUAGACUUUGGAUUUUAUUAUUUGUUAAUUAAAGUAGAUAUAAAUGUGCCAAGCAGAAGGCUUCUGAUGUUUUUCUAAUGCCUUCUGAAUAUUAGUGUCAAAGUUUCCAAAAUAUUCAUAUGUUCCGAUUUAUAGAUGUUGCUUCUUUGUGUUUUAUGUGUUCUCUGACAUGAGAAAAAAUAACAGUACAAUAGAGGACACACUUGUGUGGAUGUUGAAUCAUUGAAAAUUAAGUCAAGUUAUUUUUGGCUUCUACAACAAUGUUUUUGCUCUGUUCUGUGUUGGCUGUGUUGUCUGAUUUGUCCGAGUCAGUGUGUUUGUGUAAUUUUGUGAUGGUUAAUGUAAAACGGACAAAAAUGUACAAAGAAUAGCUGUUUUCCUCCUGCCAAAUGAAUAUGGAGGAUUUAUGACCAAGCAGACAUUAGGCAUUUUGUAACAAACUUGCACAGUAUGUUUCCACAACCAAAUACGUACUAUCUCUGUAAUUAAGAACAAAUUAAUAAUGCUGGACACCUACAUUGUGGAACACUCCUGUUUUUCUUUCUCCAUGCUUCUUUUCUUUAUUUGUAAGGCUCUCAUGGGACUCUUUUAACUCUUGUGUCACAAUUUGAAACUUCAGUAUUGUGUCCCAUUACUGUGGUUGUUAUUACAUGACAGCAGCCUUGGAGUAGGAUAUCAUCAUGGUAUUUACAACCAAUAUACUAACUUUCCCAGUUUUGAUGAGAGCCUUGAUUCAUGAUCAAUUUGAAGUACAAACCGUUGAUUGUGCUAGUUUUGUCAGUAAUGCUUCAUUCUAUUUCAUUUGUCUUUUUAAAUUCAGUCAAUAUUUAUAAUAUUUUUAAUAUCUAUUAUAGUUCAAGUUGUUGUUUAUUCUUGUUUUGUUUCUGAGAGAUAUUUGUAAGUGUGUCGACAUUCGUAUAUUGUGCUAGGGACAUUUAAUUAAGCAAUUGAAAGCUGUGACCCCCCAUACUGUUUUCUGUUUUUAAUUGUAUGUUAUUAGUAUCAUGUCUAUACCCUACACACUCUAAAUUGUUCUAUCUUGUGAACAUGUUUUAUCAAGUCUUAAUAUCUAUUAUUGACUAGAAAUGAAUGUGUUGAUAGCUAUCUAUGUGAUCUCAUAACUUUAAAUUAUUAGCUAAGCAUUGUGCUGCUCCUCAGCAAGCUUGCAAGACAACCUUUUAAGUAUUUAACAGUGGAACAAGUUUUUCUUUCAUAUCAGCCUGUGGAGUUGAGGUUCAUGUCUCCAAGUGGCCAUCAUAUUUAUCCUCUGUCAUAUUUAGAGUUCCCUGGGAACUUAUUGUUUUCUGUUUGUGUACAAAAUUUUCUUCAUAUCGUACAUGCAACCGCUGAGUGAGUUGGUUUGUUGAUUUAACAUUUUUUAACCGCUCUUAUCUUUCCAUCUCAGGCAUUGAUUUUCCUUUAUCAUCAAAAUGAUACAUUGCAGUGGAUAUAGGAGCCCAUCUUUGACCAUAUUUUGUUGCAUUUUGUAAACACGAAAAGUUAGCUAUCUACACACCUUGCACAUUUGUGUGUUAAUUUUGAGGAGUAAGUGAGUGACAGUGGUAUAGUGGUGUGGCUUGGUACCUGGAUGACAAGUCCGUAUUGGUUUCAAAUCAUUUCAUUUGCCCCAAUUUUCUGAUUUUAAGAGUAUCAGCCUUAUCAUGAAAGAAAAUAUUUCUGAAAUUGUUUGAUUUUCCUCCUAAGGAACCAAUCAGCUUUCUAGUCUCCAAAUAAAUCAUUUGAACCAAUGCAUGGUGUUGUCAUCCUAUUGUGUAUCACCUCCUAUGCCCCACUGGGCUGUAAAAUGUUUUUUAUGUUAACAUUGUUGCUGUGGUUUGUCCUCUUGUCUAUAAAUACAAAAUUACAGCAUCUCAAAAGUUUUAAAUGGUUGCAUUCUCUUAACUAUUUUUCCCUCCUUCAAUCACACUUUGUCUUCUGUCUGUAGUAGUUGUUUAUCUAAUUACUGUUACUUUCACCAUAAGGAAUUCUUCGUUUUUCAACCUGAGUUUGUACAGUAUGUGUAGUCUAUCCAAACCAUACAUAAAAAGACUUAUUUUUGUUAUGGAAAAAAAAUGAAAAAAUCAGUUAAUGGGGACGAAGCUUAUACUCCCUUGCCACAUCAUCGUAAUUGAAAGUGAUUUUGAAAAAGUUUUGUUGGUGGUUUUGUCACAUAAUUUGGCCUCAUCUUUUAGAAAUCUUUCGGAUAUCUAUGAUUUGCUGGUUGUAGGGAAACCUUAAUUAACUGUAUCUAUAGACAGCAUUGCAAGACGAGCACAAUCCUUUUCCUCAUUCCCCAUCAAAUUGCUCCUAUGCCAUUUUGUUGGGGAGAUGUAUUUGUCUGCUAGCUUUAUGUACCUGAACCAUAUGUUGCCUGCAUUUUCGAAAUUGGACCCAAAUUAAUUUGUGCUUGUGUAUAAUAAAUCUGUUGAUUGCUCAUGCUUUCUGAAAAUAAACUUAGAUUUGUCAUGGUUGCACUUAUUUUACAAGAGAAAAAUUCUUUUUGUACGAGACUUACAAAUGUAUUUGUAAUUCACGUUCAUUUGUAGUUUUCUGACAUUUUUUUCCCCUUUUCUAAACAUCUGAUUUCAUUGCAAUGAGUAUAUCAAAACAUAUUGUAAAUAUUAUUGGUCAAAACACUGAUAUUAUAUUUUAUCAUCUUGAUGUGAGAUUUUUUUAAGAUUAGGCUGAUAAUUUAAAAGCACUAGUGAAAUUACAUGUUUCUAUUCAAUGCUAUAAGGGCCAAUCAUUUCAGCAAAUCAUUGAAGGGAAGCAUUGAUCUAAGGCCGCUCCAUGGUUUACAACGCAUAAAGGUCAGGAAAGGUCUUCACAUUUCACUUAUGUGUGAUUUUUGUAAAUCCCAUUAUACUGUGAACACAUUGUUCAGAGAGGACAGACAUUGUAUCAUAUUACUUGUCUUUGCAAAUUUAACUUUUCAGUUUUUCGUCGGGGGAUGAGCCCUUUUUUCAAAAACAAAUCUAGCGGAAUGCACUAUUUAAUGAUUACUCUUAAUAUCGACCUAAAUUUCUUGAAACAAAUUUUUCUCCCCAUACAUUAAUGUAACUUUUUGGACCAUUAAAAUUUGCUUGUAAUGUCAUGCCUUACUUAGCAUUGUCUUUAAGGUCUGAGUAAAUAUAAAAUAAUCAUACUUAGAUGGUAUCAUCUUCUUUCAGAAAGUUCAAAAACUAGAUGUGUUAGAUGUAUAGUACUUGAUGUGUCUGACUUUAGCAGACAUUUUUAGUGGACUUUUUGAUCGUGUUUUUAUACAUAAGGUUGAUUUGUGGUUUUAUUGCCAAAGACAAAUACAAGGGCUUCUUUACGCCCUCAUUUAACUAUGAGAAAUAGGUGUCGAAUAAUUUAAAGGAAUUUUAAAAUGAAAAGUGGCAUGCCUGUAUCCCGUAGGGGAAAGCUCCCCCAUAUUCUUGACCAAUUAAGUUGUGAAUCAAGCUGCUUAAAAAUCUGCCUCUUCAUUUUAGCAUUACAGGCUAUUACAACUCCUGCCUCAAAAAAUUAUGGAAGUUUUUCACUAGAAUCACUUUUAUAUCUAACGUAAUAUUUACUGAUUGCAUGAAGUGGUGAAUAUUCCAGACUAAAUCUAGUGAUAGUUAACUCAUUUCAACUUAUGCAAUAUACUGAGGCCUGAUAAAAACCAAGCCAAACCUUGACAUUCUUAAUCAUCUAAAAAUCCACAAGUGUUUGUGCUUCAUUGAUACAAAUUAUUCAUCCUGAUACAUCCUCAAACAACUGAUCUUUCUAUCAUCCCUUCUGUGUGUUACAUACUCAAUAAUUGGCAUAGCUGCUUUAUGUACUACACAUGUUUCUCUUUCUCCACAACUGUCUCUUCAGAUUUGUGGCUCCCAUUUUCUUUAGAUGCUGUGGAUUGGACGUGUAGACCACCUAGAGGCCACAUUUGAAUCAUCAAUGAGACUGAGUACAGAAUAAUUUAAUUAAUUCAGUGAGCAGUUUUAUUCUACUUGCGUUAUUUGCUCUUCAAGAAAUCAUCACUAACUUUAUACACUGAGGAUGUGCAGGAUUGUUUCAAACCAAGAGAGAAUAAAAACUCUCACUGAUAAAUAAGUGUGUGUGUACUUGUAUAUGUAUUUGGAAUAGAUGUUCUAUGUUGACAAUGUAGUUUCUUCUCUGUGCAAAUCAGCUUAUUCAAUUAUUUGUCUUUUCUCACAUUGAUUGAGUUGACUCGUCUGUAAAGAAGAUCAACUAAAACAAAAUAUGAAAGGCUGCAAAUGCCUUUUUUUUUACAUCUAGGGCAAUCAAUUUUGAAGGCGAUAUUAUAUCAAUAAAAUCAUGUCAUCUGCAA